CACAAGCACUGAUAACAAGUGCAAUUUACGUUUCUGAAUACAUUUACCAGGCUGUCUUGAACUUUGAUCGUUACAUUCUUCCGUCAUCAGGGUCAGGCAGGUUGGUGGGAUGUACACUUAACAAACACACACGAGCUUAGACAUCCCCCAUGUGCAGUAGUUAGGCCGGCUGAGAGGAGCAAGAAGCGAGCAAGCAGAACAUCCACGAUGGCUGGAAGGAGACGAGGUCGAGGCAGCAACCAGCAGCAGCAACAGGCAGCCUCCCAAAGCCAAAAAGGAGGCCCCCGCAGGGCUCUGCGGGAGCCAGCUGCUUUUGCCAAGACGACUGGUUAUGAAUCAGACAUCCUUCAUGAAAAGCUGACCAUUGCCCAAGCGCGGAGGGGCACACCAGCUCAUCGUCCUGUGCGAGUCUACGCUGAUGGAAUCUUUGAUCUUUUCCAUUCGGGACACGCUCGGGCUCUGAUGCAGGCCAAAAAUGUAUUCCCCAACACACACCUUAUAGUAGGAGUCUGCAGUGACGAACUCACCCACAAGUUUAAGGGCUACACAGUGAUGACCGAGGAUGAACGCUAUGAUGCCCUGAGACACUGCCGCUAUGUUGACGAGGUGGUGCGGGAUGCUCCCUGGACUCUUACCACAGAGUUCCUUCAGAAACAUAAGAUUGACUUCGUGGCCCAUGAUGAUAUCCCAUACACCUCUGCUGGAUCAGAGGAUGUUUAUAAACACAUCAAGGAAGCAGGGAUGUUUGUGGCCACUCAGAGGACAGAGGGCAUCUCCACAUCUGAUCUGAUCACUCGUAUUGUCCGAGAUUAUGACAUCUACGUUCGACGCAACCUGCAAAGAGGCUACACAGCUCGAGAACUGAACGUUGGAUUCAUUAAUGAGAAGAAAUACCGGCUCCAGAACCAGGUGGACAAGAUGAAAGAGACCGUCCGUACGGUGGAGGAAAAGUCCAAACACUUUGUCUACAGAGUGGAGGAGAAGAGUCAAGACCUCAUCCACAAGUGGGAGGAGAAGUCACGAGAAUUCAUUAGCAACUUCCUGGAGCUUUUUGGACCUGAAGGAGCCUGGCAUGUGAUCCAGGAGCGGAGUGGCCGUAUGCUCCAGGCUCUGUCACCUUACUCUUCACCCCGUGGCUCUCCCAGCAGCAGUCCCACCAGAAGACGUUCAGUUUCUCCCGACUCGUCACCAGCGUCUGCCUCUGCCUCCCCCUCCUCUCUCUCCCCUCCUUCCUCUCCAUCCUCACCUAAAAGAGAGUCACGCUCUCGUCGCAAAGCUUCCUCCAAACGCAGUGCACAAUAAUCUCUCAUCAUGUUUUGGUCAUAUUUAUUGGCCUUACAGACUUUGAUUAAUCUGGCAUUAAUCUCGUACAUAACAGAUCUCAGGGUGCUAUUCAUUAAGAUGAACAAAUAAAAAAGAAAAACUGGUUUAUUCAAGUGUAACAUACAGUGUACGUGAUGUUCCUUUGCUGAAAAGAACAUUGAAAUAUUGCUUGGAUUU